GUGUUCGUGGUUUGUGCUCUCCGUUCCUCAUAUCUUGAGCCUAUAUCCGUGCAUGAAAGUUCUGUUCUUCAAGCGGACGAACAAGUUGCCGGCAGUUCUCAUUAAUCUCACGAUUCUGAUCGAAACCAUCCACUCCGUGGGAGUUGGAAUUCUAGUAUUCAGAGUUCUACCGGCCUUUGAUGCAGUGACUGGAGCCAUGAUCACCAGCAGCUUAUGCCUAAUUCCGGCGCUCAUGCGCGUACUCAAUCGCGACAACAAGAACGGAUUGAGUGCGAAUAUCAAAACUGGCGUCGACGUUCUCUCCACAUGUGCCCAAGCAUCGGUGUUCGUUUGGCUCGCUUUCAUUGAGAAAGAUGUGGCUCUUGUGGGAUUCACGGCUGCUGCGAUCGUCUGCACAUCGCUCGGCUACUGGGAGACGUUUCUGAACGAGGAGGCAAAGAUCGGCAUAUUUGCCAAACUCGCAGUGAUGAGAAAGAACCACAAGGUCGCGCGAUUAAAGCUUUACACGUUCGUCAAUCUAUGGAAAAUCGCCAUUGCGUUUGCGAUGAUGGUCACGUUUGGUGUAGACACGCUCACUAAGCCAAAAAUGUUCGAGUUUAGUUUGAUAUUUAAGGAGCACGAUAUCAUGGUGUCGGGCGGCAGCAUAAAGACAUCGUCGUCCGUGGACGUCCUGUGGUUAUUCCUCAUCCAGGCAAUUUUCGCUGCAGUGGGGUAUCUGAUCAUUCAGUUCUCCUGCAAGGUGAAAAUACAGCGCACUGGAUUUGCUUUACCGAUUGCACUGAGCACUCCAUUUGCUGUUCUCCUUCUGAUGUUUUUUUGCGAACUGCGAUCUGACAGCAAUCAGUGGUUCCUCUACAAACUGUUACCUAACUAUAUAUUCUGGAAUUGCGGAACUAGCACCUGGUUGACCAGAGAGAACAAUGCUUUUGUAACUAAACAUAUGUGGAUAUGGGGUGGGUGGCUAUUAUCGCAAAUGUAUACUACAUCACACGUCUUCUUCCCAACAAUAGAAAAGAUGGCUAAACGCAACAAAAUGUUCAUCAAACCAUUUAAUGAGAUCGUCAACAUGGAUACCGCUGCACCAUUGAAUCGCUUACCCGACAAGAAAGUAACAGAUGACGGGCGAACCCAAGAACUAGAUGAGGAUCUGGCACGCAUAAACCUAGCUUGCCCUGAAGUGACGAUGGAAUCGGAUAAUGGUGAGAUGAAGACAUCCCCUGCCGAUCAGGCGACCGUCAAUGGCGUGACACACAUUUAUUUCUGCGCCACCAUGUGGCAUGAAACAUCCAAUGAAAUGGUUCAGCUGCUUAAGUCUAUAUUUAGAUGUGACAAAGACCAAUGCGCUCGUCGUCUAGCUAUUAAAUGCCUGAAUAAAGUUCCAGACUAUUACGAAUUCGACGCGCACAUAUUUUUUGACGAUGCAAUGAGGUUCGACAAAAAUCUCAACUGUUACGUGGUGAACAACUUUGUAAGGACCUUUAUCAGCGUCCUUGAUGUUGCUGCAAGGGCGGUGACAGGCGCCCCUCUUCCAAAGUAUACAUAUAAGAAGAUUCCUACUCCGUAUGGGGGUCGACUAGAGUGGGAAUUACCGGAAGAGAAUAUACUCGUUGUUCAUCUGAAAGAUAGCGCGAAAAUACGACAUCGAAAACGCGAAGAUAGGUGGCUCUGCACGCUGCUACUGCAGCAGGGAUUCAGAGUGGAGUACUCAGCAGCCGCCGACGCGCUUACGUAUUCACCCGAAGGAUUCUUCGAGUUCUACAACCAGCGUCGCCGAUGGACGCCCUCGACUAUGGCCAACGUUCUAGAUCUACUCGGAGAUGCAAGCAACACGGUGAAGAAGAACACGACAGUGUCGUGGCUAUACAUGGUAUACCAGGCCGUGCUGUUCGGCACCUCUAUAGUUGGACCGGGAACUGCGUUCCUAAUGAUAUCCGGUGCUCUCGACGCUGUACUACCAGGGACGGAAGACAAUCCGAACAGCAUAUAUUGGUUCGUAUUCCUAAAUUUAGUGCCUGUGAUGCUGUUCGUCAUUGUCUGCUUAGUUGCUGAGUCCAGUAUACAGCUCAAGCUUGCUGGAAUUCUCACCGGAAUCUACAGCCUAUUGAUGAUGAUAGUCGUUGUCGGUACCGUGGUGCAAAUAGCCGAACAGGGAGCCAACUCGCCCAGUGCCGUCUUCAUGUGGUUGGUGCUUGGUGCUUUCGGAGGAGCCGCCAUAUUACACCCGAAAGAAUUUUUCUGCAUAUUACAUAUACUGCUGUAUUUCCUGGCCGUGCCGUCGACCUUCAUCUUCCUUACAAUCUACUCUCUGUGCAACCUGCACGUGAUCAGUUGGGGGACGCGAGAAACCGAAAAAGAGAAGACGAAAGAGCAACUACUUGAAGAAAAAGAACGCCAAGAGAAGAUCAAAAAGGCCAAAGAAGACAACAGCUGGCUAGACUACUUAGGAAUAUCCCGCACGACAAAGAAGAACAUGGAUGCUAUGUUUACGAUGGGCUGUCACACGAUUUGCCGUUGUAUGUGCUGCUUGCACCCCGUUCAACCUAAUGCAUCGCCAGAGAGAAUGCAGUUUUUGGCUAAAGUGGGUCAGUCUACAGAAAUGAUGGUGAAGAUUGACAUACCUGUUAUAACUUCCGCACCUCCCCAACCAAGUCCAAGAGAUAUUCCUGUGAUAUCUGAGCCUUCGACUGAUGCAGAUAAGACGAGCCUUUCCACGAAUCCUGACAACAAUAUUGUUCAACGCGAUGACUCAAAGAACCCAUACUGGCUGGAGGAUGAACAUCUGCACAACGGAACCGUUCACUUUCUCAGUGAAGAUGAGCUCGCCUUCUGGACAGACCUCAUCGAAAAAUACUUGCAUCCGUUACAAGAAGACAAGAUACACAAGGAACAGAUCGCAAAAGACUUGAAAGAGCUGAGAAACAACAGCGUACUGGGGUUUUUAAUACUGAACGGUCUUUUCGUCAGCAUUGUCUUCUUUCUACAAAUCAACCCAUCAACUCACAUUUCAUGGCCAUUUAAUGAAGCCCAGUCACUCGACCCGAUCGGACUUAUUUUCAUGGUGUUCUACAUAGUACUGCUGCUGCUGCAGUUCAUCGCCAUGUUGUUCCACAGAAUGGGCACUUUUAUGCACAUCUUACACACUAAAAACACUGUAGUCAAAAUAUAGUAGUCAAUUAAAUUGAACUAGUACAAUCAUUAAAUUAUUUGACUAGCAUAAUAAUUAAAUAUGGUCUAAAACA